GCUAAAAAGUCUAUCUUGGCUGCUUCCAUGGCGGAUUGGUGACAGCAUCUCAUGAUCAUCUCAUCUCAUGCAACGGAUUAUACUUCACCACCAUUCUGGUCAAAAUCUUCGAUUAACAUAUUCAAUUGCCAUGGCCUCAUCCUCUUGUUAUUUUUCAAUGCAUCCAAACAUCCAACACUUUUUAGCCGGAGGGGAGGCCCUGUGGCUGUACCUUCCACUCGUCGAGAUAACUGCAAGAGUGUUCAUCGUCAUCGACCAUGGGGAUUCUAGGUUUCUCUUUGAUUGCGCUUUGGAUGCUCCGGACUCUGACUGCACAGCCAACAACCGAACCCCUUGAAGUUGAUGCUAUCAACAAGAUAAUCGAUCACUGGAACCUGAGAAGUAAGGUGAAUUUAAGCUCUGAUCCCUGCGUCAGAAAUGCCAGUUGGGCUCCCGACUCUGCUAAUCCACGGAUUGCCUGCGCCUGUUCAGACAUUGUGUGCCAUAUAACUCACUUGAAAAUAUAUGCUUUGGAUAUCUCCGGUGAACUUCCUCAAGAACUGUUUUUGCUCACUGAAUUGAUGGACUUGAAUUUGAACCAGAAUGUGUUGAGUGGAUCCAUCCCGGCAGCUAUCGGGCAGUUGUCGAAGAUGGAAUACCUGGGUUUGGGCAUUAACAACUUCACGGGACCGGUGCCAUCUGAGCUUGGUAAUCUAACCAAGCUCAUCUCCUUAAGCUUUGGCUCAAACAAUUUCAAUGGAACAUUACCUGCUAGCCUUGCAAACUUGACCUCAUUACAGCAGAUGUACAUAGAUAGCAGUGGCGUUAGUGGACUGAUUCCACAAGAACUAUCGAAUUUGAAGUCACUAAAAACUCUGUGGGCAUCGGAUAAUCGUUUCACUGGAAAGAUUCCUGAAUUCUUGGGAAGUUUCGGUGCUUUAACAGUUCUGAGACUGGAAGGAACUAACCUCGAUGGCCCGAUUCCUAGAAGCUUUGGAGCUCUAAAGAAGCUGGACGACCUAAGAAUAGGCGAUAUCGGCCCAAGUGAGAGCUCGUUGGAUUUCUUAGAAGAUUUAUCAAGUCUAUCCAUUUUAUCGUUGAGAAGCUGUCGAAUAAGUGAUGAAAUCCCCGACUAUCUUAGUACUUUCUCCAACCUGAAAGUCCUGGACUUGAGUUUCAACAACCUGACCGGUCGCAUUCCAGCAUCAUUCGCAAAUUUCGCUUCGUUGCAAUAUCUAUAUCUUGGAAGCAAUGAUCUAACCGGGGAUCUCACCUCAGACUUGUUAGGCGCAUCGCUGAUUGCCUUAGACAUUUCAUUCAAUCCUCUCACCGGCAAUGUUCCUCUAGAUCGAAAAGAGAUAGCAAUAAAUGCUGUCGGGACAUUCAUCAACAACAUCGACCUGAAGAACAAGAAGGCGUCGACCAGGUUGCGCUGCCUUGAAGGUAGCACGAAGUGCAGUAUCAAAAACCCAUUCACAUCAUUCUCUGUCAACAGCGGAGGCGCGGAGCAUGUGUCUGCAGACGGCCUUAAAUUUGACAAUGAUUCGGAAACAGUAGGAGCUGCCUCGUUGUUCAUCAGCGCAGACAAUCAAUGGGGCGUAAGCACCUACGGAAUCUACAUUUCCAACCCCAAUGGACAGAUCUACAUAGCGCAGACCGACUCACAAAUCACAAACACUUUGGAUUCUGAACUCUAUAAAACUGCCAGGAUAUCGCCGAGCUCCUUGAGGUAUUAUGGCCUCGGAUUGGAAAAUGGAGUGUAUCAAAUCGAUCUUCACUUUGCUGAGAUACAAGUGGAGGAUUCAGCCACAUGGAGAGGACUUGGUCGGCGCAUCUUCGAUGUUUAUAUUCAGGGUGAAAGGGUGCUUCAAGAUUUCAAUAUAAUGGCCGAGGCGAAAGGAUCGAAGCGAGCCUUGGUCAAGACAUUCAAAGCGAAUAUCAGCAACACCGUGAUCGACAUUCAUCUAUCGUGGGCGGGAAAGGGGACCUGCUGCAUCCCUCACCAAAGCACAUACGGCCCUCUCGUCUCCGCCAUCCAUGUUUCUCAAGUGUCUAAAUCCAUCGAUGCAUUGAAGAACAACAAAAAUGGUAGCAAAAGAGCACUAGGGAUCGCUGUUGGAUGUGCAGCAGGAUUGGUGAUACUAAGCUGUGUUGUCUACCUUUGGCGAGCAAAAAAGAUAGGAACGGGACACACUAAAGUGCGCACGGGCUCGCCUAGACGGGAAUACUAAGUUAUGUUCUGCAGAUAUCGUUUGCGCGCACGUAGAAAAUAAGCGACGCCCGUCUCUAAGAACACACACACAUAAAGGUGCUCUCUCUUUACAUUCUGUCACCCCUUUUAGGUAUGUCUUGUGAGGAUCAAUGUGUUAUGUUCUCAAACAGCUACUACAUUUGUCGAAACUAGACGAGUAAGCGUAGAUGUGUAAAUGGUGAUGAAAUGAAGCGCGCGAAAAUGCAAAGUAAUACAUUAUUGACGAUGGUCGUUCUUUUUUAUCAAUGCGCGGAUAAAUAUGUAUUGAAGUGAAUAUUUUUCGUAGUCUUUAAAGUAAUCGAUUACUAGCUCUA